GUAUUUCGUAUUUAGUUGCAGGAACUCCGUCAGACGGGGCUGUUGCGUCAUCAUUUAAUUCUCUUGAAUUAUAAAUAUUUCUUUAUUCUUAUUCCAGUUAUCAACUGAUAGUGACUCGCAGAUAAUAAAUGCAUAGUGUUCAUAAAAUCUGAUAAACGAUUCCGUACGUAUAAUAAUAAGUGUUAUUCUAAAUUCACCUUGGACAAAAGAUAAUAAACAACAGACAGAUCCAACAUGGGUGUAACUUGUGAAAUAAACUUAAAAACACCCCCUCGAGGAGUGUUUUUAGCUGGCAGUGUGGUCACAGGAGAAAUAAAAUAUGCAGUCAAUGAAAAUACAGUGUUUAAACGAAUAACUAUGUCGCUAAAAGGUAUGGGAACUGUCCGUGUUGUUAAGUCCUCAUCCAGAAGACAAAGUACGUCAUUUAACAAAGAAAGGUACGUAGAUAGCAAUGAAGUUAUCCUUGAUAAAAAUGAUCAAAAUGGAACAACACUAAAUGCUGGAUCUUACAACACUCCCUUUAAAUUUAUAUUACCUGAAAGAGUGCCUCCUUCAACCAAUGUAUACAGACGAGAAGGACAAUACAGUUUAAAAUAUAAAGUAGCAUAUUUCGUUUCAAUGAAGUUCGAGAGACCCGGAUUUAUGGCGUUCCCAAAACGCUUCAGGAAAGAAAUUCAAGUAACCUCGGACACGACGCCAACGUUAUCCCGGGAACCUUUAACGUACGGAGAACAGAAGAAAUUAUUCCAUCCAUUUUCUAGCUCAGAAUCUAUAGUCAAUAUCAAAUCUACGAUUUUGGAUUCCGUUGUGAAAGCAGGCGAUAAUCUGCAUUUCGAAUAUGAAGUCUCAAAUAAAAGUCACGUAGCAAUUUCGGCUGUGGAAACGAAAAUAGUUGAAAUGAUAACUCCAAAGAAGAGAAGAAAGUAUGUUACCUUUAAACAUGAUGUUCCUGGCACAGAUUCUAAGACAAGAAGUAUUGAUGUGGCGGCUACACAACAACUCUUUGUAGAUAUUAAAAUUCCUGAAGAUACUCUAACUAUAGGUACUUGUGAAUUAGCGACUAGAAAUUACGGUGUUAGUAUCACAGCAGUGUUACCGAUGCCGCAUAUAAAUCUACAAUUAUUGAUACCAUUUGAAAUUAUCAUGAAACGAGAGGAAGUAAUCGAAGAUAAUGAUGCCCCUCCUUCGUAUUGGGAUGUUAUGUGUGAAGACAAAAAGAAAUUAGAAGAGUUGUUUGAAUGAAUGGAAAAAAUGGAAAUGAUCUUUAAUGCUAGUCGACGAAAACAGCGCAGGUAUGAAUUGCGUAAUGCGUAUAAAUACUUAGGCAUAAAACGGUUAAUGAGACUACUGACUAACUUUCUACAUAUGACCUCUUUUCAUUUCUUGUUUACGAUAAUGUUUGUGCGUAUUCGUUUGUAAACAGUGAAUAAAAUGAGUGUUGACUAUUGACGUUGACGUGUGUUUAGUUGUGAUUUACUGAUAGUGCCGUAAUAAAUAUACAGAUGGCGUUAUUUUAAUAUGUGUUAAUGUCAUCUAAAACGAGAUGGCGUUUUAUCCUAUUAGAAAAUAUACUGUACUGCAUGUAACGAUAUUGUCUAAGGCCGCCUGUCUACCUGCAAGAAAACUUCCGCGAGAAA